UUGUUUAUUUAGGUUUCUUUGAAAGAGUUUUGGUGCUUAUUUAUGUGACAAUGGUGAAAUUAUACCAUUUGGCAAUUUUGUAUAAGCAUCCAAACAAAGCUGUCGCUUUAUGCUCAACAAGUGAUUUAACAACAUUUGGCUUUUUCCAAAGGAACAGUAUUCAAGAGUUCAUGAACUUUACUAGUCAGAUCUUAGUUGAGCGAUGCCAGCCAGCUACUCGGACAUCUGUGAAGGAACAAAGCUACAUGUGUCAUGUUUAUGUAAGAGCUGACAGAUUAUCUGCUGCUUUAAUAUCAGAUCAUGAAUACCCACAUCGUGUAGCACAUACACUUCUAAAUAAGAUUCUAGAACAGUUUACUUCAAAAGUACCUCCUUCUGCAUGGGCUGGAGAUCCAAAUUCAGUUGCAUUUCCUGGACUUGAGAAAUUUCUGUCCGACUAUCAGGAUCCUCGAAGUGCUGAUUCUUUAACAAAAAUUCAGGAUGAAUUGGAUGAAACCAAGAUAAUUUUGCAUAACACAUUGCAGGCUGUUUUAGAACGGGGUGAAAAAUUGGAUGAUUUGGUUGUUAAAUCUGAACAAUUAAGUGUACAGAGUAAAGCAUUUUAUAAAACGGCUCGAAAAACAAAUUCAUGUUGUAGUAUUCUUUGAAUUUGGAGGGGUAUUCUAACUUGACCAAAUAUUUCUGUCUGAAAAAUUAUUUUUGGACCAGCUUGAAAGUUUGUAAAAUGGUUGCUGAAGUGUUUUAUUAAUAUAUGCCAUUCAUAAGUUCCAUUUUAUAAUUCUAAAUAUAAAGUAUAUUUAUCCAUAUUUGAAUAUGUUACUGUAUAUUUGUGUACUCAUUUGUUUCAAGAUAACUUGUUUAUUGUCGCAAUAAAAUCUUGAAAAUUCUGUGUUUAAA